AGCCGAUUCAGCUGGUGGGCGGGCGGAGAUUGGUCCUCGCGACUGACUGACAGACAGACUGCGUGGGACUCGAACGAACCCUAGGGUAAACCUGGUCAGGGGAGUGACAGAUCGAGCGCUCUGUCGCAAACGUGGGGCAACAUGUGUAACGGCGGUCGACUGCACAAUCCUCUCCUCGUCAACCCGGCGGAGUUGUUCUCACCCGGUUGGUCAGUCGUGGUUACCCCGAGCGAUCGGUGAGUCAAAGAAGGACGAGGAGGUAUUGCGAAGCAGAGGAACGAUGCCAAGUGGGCAAUUGUGAAGCUGGCGGGCAACGGGCGGACGGACGGGCAGCAGGUGAGGAAGGGAGGGAGGGAGGGAGGGUUCAUGGUGGCCUCCUGUCACUCGCGUCGACUCCGCGCUCCAGGCCUUCGAGCGAAUCUUUCACGCCCUCGUAAAUUGCAUCCUCUCUUCGUCGUCGUCUCCUUCUUCUUCUCCUGCCCGCGAGCUCCCCUGUCGCGUCCUGUCCUCGGCUGCUCGAGGGCUUGGGAUUUAUCGUCGUAUCUGUUUGGGCCUGUGAUUUAUCGUCUCGUUUGUGCAGUCGUGUGGCCGGGUUGAGGUGGCGUCGUGGGUUCUCUGAGACAAUUUGCUCGUUGCCGCCCAGAUGAGUUUUCUGGACGCGUUCCUGGGUCUGGUGGCGCUAUCAGGGCUGGGGCUCGGAUUUUGCUGGGUUUUCGUCUUAGAGGAUUUGCAGAGGUCGACGAUUUUGGAGUAUGCUCGUCUUUUUGCCCGUUUUUUGGGGCAAUUCUUUUAGACCUGAAGCGGAUUGAAUUGUGCGGAGCAUGAGCAGUUAAUUUUUUGUAAUUUGUGCGCCGGGAGGCAUGCGAGCUUCAGGAAGCGGGUGGCGGUCAGUAGGUUCCUUAUUGGUGUGCAGGGGCGUCUCUCUAAACUCGGGGUGAAGCAUGAAAGUUCCCGGCAGCUAUCUCUCUUCGUCGAUUCUUCACAUCAUCGCACCUGUGGUCUUUCAACACAGCGCACUUACAUCGAAUUGAACCAUUUCAUAGGACAUCGAUCAUCCACGCUCGGGAUUCCGACAAAAAAACCCCUAAGAUCAGAGAGGAUCUCAGUGCUUUUUGGUCACUUGCUUCCUGCUCUUGCCCAGGUUUUUUUUUAUUAAAUUAGACAAUUUCUGACGCACGUCCAGCUGCCGGGAUGUCGUUCUCCGUGAACCCCCUAUCCUUGUGCUUGUCUCAGUCGACAUUCGAAGCAUGGUUGAGGGAUAGCGGGCACUUGGAGAUCUUAGACAAAUGUGUUAUGGACCAGGCACGCACAAAUGGUCACGGUUCGAUCUCAGCAUUUUUGAAGGCCUUGAAAAUCAAUCCUUUUAAAAGCUUAACUUUGGAGGAUUGCUGCAAAAGCCCAGUAGCGUGGACUGGUGAAUUUUUUGAUUGUGGCACCGGACCAAGAGAUACCUACUCCUUCCCCCAUAGUUUGACUCAAGCAAAGCUGCGAAUGGAGGAGAAUGUGAAGAGAUACACGGGCAAUUACUUGGUUCUUGCCCUGGUGAUCCUUCUCUGCUUCUUGUACAAAAUUCCCGUUGCUUUACUGGGGAUUAUGUCCAUCAUUGCACUUUGGGAUACCGUAAGAGUGUAUAUCAACUCGAGAGGCCUGACUCAAAACAGUUUUAGAUUUCGAGUCUUGCGAGUGCUCGGAAAUAUAGGUACUAUGUUUAUUAUGAUGUACUGUAGAGUGGCGGUUGCGCUUGCAUGGGCCGGGUUGACAAGUCUAUUAGUUGUGCUCGUCCACAGCAUGCUGAGAAGGAUAACACCUAUGAAACAUCCGCGGAAGCCUGCUGAGUUGAGAGAUUGAAGUUUCCCAGGAUUCAGGGUGCAACUGCAUGUAAUUAUAAUUGGGCGGACUCACAGAACGCCCUUGCCAUGAAUGUCAUGGCUUCCAACAAGGAUGUAGCAAUAUAAGACGAAACGACUAUUCUCUGGUACAGUACCUUUCUGCAUAGGAUGUCUUCUCACAUUUCUGAGUGUAAAGUGAUGAACAAUCAUCAACCGGUUUAUGGUUCAGAAGUAUAGCUCUUGUGGUAUACGAAAGAGUCCCAUGUUUAACAAUACGGGUCAAGUUCUAAGGUCAAACACCGUCAUCUCGACGCUUCUACGGCCACUGAGUGGGAUAGCAUGGUCGUGAAGAGACUGCCCAACAACUUAAGGGGAAACGUUUGAAAACAAAUGGAAGUGACUCGGUGGAUCAGUCAGUUCUAUCGAGAAGUUGUGCGUUCUCAGGUAGGAGAGUCAGAACUGAGAAACAGCUCAAAUCAAUGGUGACAGAAGUAAAAAGUGACAAUUCUAUGAUCUGCUCCUGGUAGAGACGGUGUUUGGCGUGCAUGAUAAUGAGCAGAGUAGUAGCACUUGGAACGCUAGCCACAUGCGACAUCUUUUCCCGAUGCUGUUUUCAUGUUCUUGUGGAAAUUCAAACGGCAGUCGACGCGUGCUAGGUUGGUGUUAGACCCAGCAAGAGCAAAUGGCCCUGGGCAGAUGUGAAGUGUUUCUGGAUCCAAAUUUUGAUACAAAAGUGUGAUGACUUGGAAUAGAUAGACUUAGAAUAGACCCUUUACGCGUCCUUUCGGCUUUGUUCUAACAUGGCCAACCACCUGCGCCUAGAUGAACGAGAAGAGGCUAGUU